AGUGCUGUGCAAUGCACAAUUCUGCUUGGAAGCAGCAGGAAACCUCCCAGCAGGAAAAUGAAAGGGGUUAAUUUUAGCACCCACUAUCCGGGACACUAGUUUGCUAAAGUCGUUCGUAGCGUUUGGAUUUGCUUACGUCGGGUUGAUUAACCGGUGGAAGUUUUGCUCUGGCAGAUAGUGUUCCACCUCCAGGGAUAAAGUAGGAAGCAGAUUGGGAGUGAUAAGACACAUCCAUCAGUGAAAUUCGGCACACCAAAAUGUAUCUGCAAUGGUCGAUUUGGUGUCUUAUUUUUGGCCAAUUACUAACCGAACCAUUGCUAAGCCCCGGCGGACUCUUGGCGAAUGGAUCGGAAGUGGAUUUUGUCGGUAUCGGACACGAGCGUCAAGGAAGGCUGUUCCCAUUCUACACUAUCGGACGUAUUGCCAACAUUCCCUGUAGGGCUACCAACGGGUUAACGGGAACUUGUCUAAUCAGAGGUCAAUGUUCCGAUAACGCAGGACUAGCGGGAGGAACAUGCAGUACCAACACAAAUCAGGCAACGUGUUGUAUAAUCAGCAGAACAUGUGGUGGAUCCUCCAACCUCAACAGCACCUACUUCAACAACCAGGGAUACCCAGCAUUAACAACUGCUGGAGGAAGUUGCUCGUUCACGGUCACGCCUGGCUCAAACAUCUGUCAAUUGAGGAUAGAUUUCCGUGCGUUAACGUUAGCACAACCGGAUGGAGACGGAAACUGUCUUACGGAUGUGCUGACCAUCACUGGAGGUAGCACUCAGGUUCCAAACAUUUGUGGAGAAAAUUCCGGUCAGCAUGUGUACGUCAACUUUGCCGAAGCCAAUCCCAUCACGAUAAGAGUAUCAACGUCGGGUUCGAAUACGUUGAGUCGCCAGUGGAGCUUUGAACUGUCCCAAAUUGCCUGUGAUUCUGAAUGGAAGGCUCCGAGUGGAUGUCUACAGUACUACAUGGAACCAACUGGAGUGAUCUCGAGCUUCAACUACAACUUUGGUGCAAAUCCAAACUUGAACUCCCUGGGCUUGCCAGGAAGUCGUCAGAUCGCGUCUCAACAGUAUGGAAUCUGUAUUAGGCCUGCUGCUGAUCAGUGCUCGAUUACCUAUAGUUUGCCUACAAACGCACCCUUCGGAUUUACUGUAUCUGAACCGGCUGAUGCAGUCGCGGCUGAUAUGAUCGGAAGUGGUGCACUGAUGCUUAAUGGGCAGCUUUGCACUACCGAUUACAUCAUUAUCCCGGACCCGACGAUCUCGGACGCAGCCGUGGCUGGAACGGAGUUUUUGGACCGUUUCUGUGGAUUAGGAUUGUAUCCUGUGACGAGUAAUGUUCUUCCAUUUGUGGUUUACGUAGUGUGGGAUGAAAAUGAAUCUCCUGAUAGUGCCAAUCGAGGUUUCAGUUUGGCGUAUUCCCAAAAUUCGUGCGGAAUUUAGAGAGGAAUAAAUUUUGUAUUGAA